GCAUGCCCCGACAUAUUGAACAUCUUCAUGGUGGUCUAUCGCAUACAUUAUGAUACGUACCUAGCCUUGCCCAUCGUCUAUGAAUCUUUUCUAAAUUGACAAUUCUUUUCUUUCAUACGACUUGAUCCGCCAAUUUAACCUCUCCGAACAAAAAUAAUUACACUAAGCCCUAUACUUUGCAUUUUAGUAGAUGAAGGGGGGUCUCUAGAUCAUCACCAGCAAAAACGCCAUGUUCGCAGGCUAUCAAAACCACCAAGCAAUAGCUAUCCCGCCAAAUUCAACAUACCCCUCAACGUCAUCGAUUCCCCCUCCCAUUGUCCCACCUAGCGGCCCCGAUGAUGUUCGGAGACAAUCAACAUCGGCUACUGCUGCAGCUCCUACUGGACUGAAUGCGCGGUCAUGUGUUACAUGCCGCAGGCGGAAGGUUAAAUGCGACAAAAAGGUGCCUUGCUCGAAUUGCACCAAGGCGCAAUCACAGUGUGUAUUCCCAGCACCGGGGCGCGCCCCUAGACGCCCUAGAGCUGGAGGAAAGCCGGUCAGCGAUCGAGAGGCAGAAUUGUUGAAGAGACUUAGAAGAUUGGAAGGAGUUGUGGAGGAACUCAGCGGACAAGUGGAGGUGGAACAUUCGAAGGCUUCACCAUCAAGCGAUCAUUCCUCCCCGCGCAAUAAUGCCGAGUCCAACGGCGGAUAUAACGAUAAAACUUCAAAAGUCAAAACGACUGGGAUAAACGAAGACAAUGGCAUCAAAAAGGGAUCUCUUGCAAGACCUUUCGACAUGGACCUUCCACCUCCGAAAGAUGCAUUUACUGUGACAGAAGGAAUAGGACGAUUAUUAUUGGAUUCAGGAAAGAGUCAAUAUGUUUCAAAUCCCUUUUGGGCAGAAUUAUCUCAGGAGAUAGCCGAGCUUCGCGCCAUGUUCGACGAGGACGAGGAAGAUAGCGAUGGAGACUCCCCGAUACCAGCACCAUCUUCCAUUACUCAGCCAGAUCAUCAGAGUUUUGUGAUGGGUUAUAGCUCUGCAGAUGUCGAUAUGAAGGCUUUACAUCCCUUGCCUUCUCAAAUACCUUUUUAUUGGUCAACAUUUUUGGAAAAUGUAAUGCCGCUGGUUAAGCUUCUCCAUGUGCCUACGAUGGGGAAGAUCAUUAAGGAGGUUCAACACAAUUUAGAUACCAUCAGCAGGAGCACAGAAGCUUUGAUGUUCUCUAUAUACUUUGCAACUAUCACUUCUAUGUCAGAUGAAGAGGUUUGUGGUAUUCAUUUUCACCUCUAAAAUAAACCCCAUUGAUACGAGCUAUGGCUGACAUCUGACAAGGUUGCUACCAAUUUCGGGGUGGAGAAAGAAACUUUGGUUAGAAAGUAUCGAUUUGGCACCGAGCAAUCCCUUGCCAGGGCAAGCUUCCUCAGUACAAACGAAAUCAUGACUGUACAAGCAUUUGUACUAUUCUUGACUUGCGUUCGCAGACAUGACGAUACUCGAUUUGCAUGGUCAUUAACUGGACUUGUCAUGAGGAUCGGUCAAUCACUUGGUGAGUUUCUAUGCCCCUUUUUCUUCGCAUAAUUUCUAACAAGAUCAGGCUUGCAUCGUGAUGGAGAGAAGUUUGGAUUAUCCCCCUAUGAUACGGAGAUGCGGAGACGACUCUGGUGGCAAAUAUGUGUUCUAGACGUAAGGGCAUCCGAGGACCAUGGGACUGACCCUUCAAUAUAUGACCAUACAUUCGAUACCAAAUUCCCACUCUCGAUAAAUGAUGCAGACUUAGAUCCUGAUGCAAAAGAACCGCCACAACCUCGAGAAGGAGUCUCAGAGAUGACAUUCGUUCUUAUUAGAUUCGAAAUUUGUGCUUUGUCGAAACGCCUUCAAUACACCCCUCCAGGUCGCGGUCCUUGUCCUUCAGGAAAUCCAGUAAGCCUCACACUUGAGCAGAAAGAAGAGUUGAUCAAGACAACCUCUGUUCGACUAGAGGAAAAAUAUCUCAAAUACUGUGAAAAUGCCGGUCCUCUAUAUGUAAGUGAUGGCUUUUCUUGGUUCCUUAUCUUAGUUGGUGUAACUAUAAAGGCGGCACAACAUCAGUGGCCCCGGUAUAUUCUUAUAAUUUCAUUCCAUUGGUUGUUACUGAUACUGGAAAUUGUAGUGGGUAGCAGGUACAGUGGCACGUCUCAUCUUUGCAAAGAUGUCAUUAAUAAUCUAUCACCCGUUGAUCCAGCCGGGUAAGCCUCAGUGCUUAUCUCCGCAUACUAAGGAUCGUCUUCUCACGUCGUCUAUCGAAAUCAUUGAGUAUUCGAGAAUAUUAGAAACCGAGGCUAGUACCAAGAAAUGGGGUUGGCUAUUCCGCACUUAUGUACGUAUAUGGAAUAUGUUGAUCUCUGUAUACCAAACACUACUGACUUGCGCGUCUAUAGGUACAAUGGCAUGCCAUUGCCUUCAUUCUUGGUGAACUUUCCAUCCGGAGAAAUUCCCCGCUCGUGGAGCGAGCCUGGCAAGCAAUCGACAGUGCAUUUGAUGAUUGGAGCGAUGCUGUUGGCAGCAGCAAACGCGGCAUGUUUUGGCAACCAAUGCGAAAGCUCAUGGCAAGAGCUCGUAGAAAGCGAGAAGAGAACAUGACUUCGAUGGAAGAAGAAAACGAUAAAGAUCAUUGGGAAGGAGCUCCUCAUGAAUGUAUUACCGCCAUGCGCAGAACUCAAGCGCUCAUAAAUAGCGAGGCCGAAUCACCACCAGUAGAAACGGAAGAACCUCAAAACUACCUAAACCAAGAACAAAAUCAUAGCAAUAAUUUCGACACCAAUGUUUCUCCCCAGGUUGUGGGUAUGGGUAUGCUAGCUCCCGAGCAGGUACAACAUCAACUCCAGAUACAGCAACAACAGCAGCAAUUACAAGGCCAAAAUCAAAUACCCUGGAUAAUGGAUGAUAAUGCAUUAUUGGAUCUUGAUAUGAGUGCCCUUAAUGGAGAUGUUAGUUGGACAGGUUGGGAUGAUUUGGCUAGAGAUUUCCAAAAUCAGACAGGACAACAAGUACCGGACGCAAAUGCCUUGGGAGGGGCGGGAAAUUGGUGGUAAAGACCUUUCAUCUCCAUUAUUUAUCACGAGUCAGCAGGGGUUUCCUUUUGAAUAGACGAGAUUUCCUUCAGGGGGAUUUGAAGAGUACAUCAUUACGGGAGAACCAUGAUUUAUAUACAACUUGGGCUUCGGCAGCAUUGGUGUUAUGGGUUUGUCUGCAUAGAAUAAUCAUUUUUGGGUUAGGAGUGAAGGACAUUGAUUGAAUAGGAGUGGGAUUUUUGGGACCUAAAAUGAGUUUGGUUUGUAUUUACAGCUUCUGACGGCUGUUCUCUGACUGAUUUCUAGAAAGGAUAUAUAUAUAUGUCUCGCUCCAAGCACCGGAAUUAUACCAUACCGGCGUUUUUGAUAACUUAUCGAAAUGUCGAUUUUCUAUACGCGUUCGGAUAUAUUAGAGUGAUUAAUCUUGAUCUUGAUCUCUUCGAGUAACUAGUUAUAUUUCGAGGACGCAUUUCAGAAACUAGAUUAAGUGAUUAUAUAGAUAGAGGUAAA